CUGGCUGACAGGCAUACAGGCAGCAGACACUGACUGACUCUGAUGAACACAUAAGAAUGGAAAAGGGAAAGAGACGAACACAGAGGCAGAAACAGGAGCAGGAGCGCUGUGGACAGAUGAAGCAAAUGAAAGAGGAUUUCUAUUUUCACCUGCAGGUUUCUGCCAAACUUUAAGGAAAUCUUUGUUUGAAUCCACUGUCAAUGACUUUUCUUUGUUGUGGAUUUUGUAUUUACAGUGUAAGUGAACUAACCUCUUGUGGAUUAUGGCUGUUCGGACAUAUGUUUGAACUCUAGCUCUACUGAAAGUUCAAACUGUUGAAAUUGAAGCAUCACUCUCUCAUGUUUAUUCCCAUUAUCCCUCUGGAUUAUAUGAAAGAUGUAAAAAUACAUUUUCAGAAGAAAUCAAGUGACAAGCAGCUGAUACGGAUGUUCAUCUGACACCUGACUGCUGCUACAGACACCGCUGGAGCUAAACAUGGCAUCCCACUGCAUCACAUAGAAGUGAAUCACAAAGUCGAUAGUUCUGGUGAGAUCCACGUUGUAACCAUGGAGUCCAUGGUGAAGCAGCCUCAGGGGCGUAGCCUGUCAUCUAUGUUUUCCUGCUGCUUCAAGGAAUCAGGAAGUGACCAACCAGAGAUCACCUACUGCCAUGACAACAGCAACACUAUGGCCGUAAUGGAGCCCACCCUAACAAUGCCCCCUCCUCAAGAGCUGGAUGCAAUGUUCACUGAACUGGUGGAUGAACUGGACCUGACAGUGGAGCACAGAGCGGCCAUGUUUGAUUUGCCAGCAGAGAAAAAGUGGCAGAUCUACUGCAGCAAGAAAAUGGAGGCAGAGGAGAAUAAAGGAGCAACCAGGUGGCCAGAGUAUUAUAUUGACCAGCUCAGGUCCAUGGCUGCCAGGAAAAUGCUGCUGCUGAUGGAGAAUGAGGAAGAGCAGGGAAGACAUAAUAUUAUAGACAGUCUGAAGACAGCACUAAGGACACAGCCCAUGAGGUUUGUGACACGAUUCAUUGAGUUGGAUGGCCUGUCUUGUAUCCUCAAUUUCCUCAAGUCAAUGGACUACGAGACCACAGAGUCUCAGGUCCACACCUCACUGAUUGGCUGCAUCAAAGCUCUGAUGAACAACUCUCAGGGCAGAGCUCAUGUCCUGGGUCACUGUGAGAGCAUUAACAUCAUCGCACAAAGUCUCACCACUGAAAACAUCAAAACCAAGGUUGCAGUGUUGGAGAUCCUUGGUGCCGUGUGUUUAGUUCCAGGAGGACACAGGAAUGUACUAGAAGCCAUGGUGCACUACCAGAAGUUUGCCUCGGAGAGAACUCGCUUCCAGACUCUGGUGACAGACUUGGACAGAUCCACAGGUCGCUACAGAGAUGAAGUGAAUCUGAAGACUGCCAUCAUGUCCUUCAUCAAUGCUGUGCUCAGUAAAGGAGUGGGAGAGACCAGUCUGGAGUUCCGGAUCCAUCUGCGUUAUGAGUUUCUGAUGUUGGGCAUUCAGCCGGUCAUUGACAAACUCCACUCCCAUGACAAUGAAACUCUGGACAGACAUCUGGACUUCUUUGAGAUGUUAAGGAAUGAGGACGAACUUCUGAUGUCCAAACGCUUCGACGCUGUCCACAUAGAAACUAAAAGUGCCAGCCAGAUGUUUGAGCUGAUCAAGAGGAAUCUGAACCACACUGCAGCGUACCCUCACCUCCUGUCUGCACUGCAGCACUGCCUCAUGAUGCCAUAUAAGCAGAGCAGCACCACACUGCAGUACUGGGUGUUGUUGGACCGGAUAAUUCAGCAGCUGGUUCUGCAGACAGACAAAGGUGAAAACCCUGAUGUGGCACCACUGGAGGACUUCAAUGUUAAAAAUAUUGUACGCAUGCUUGUCAAGGAGGACGAAGUCAAACAAUGGAAAGAACAAGCUGACAAAAUGCGAAAAGAGCAUCAGAACUUACAGCAGCGUUUUGAAAAGAAGGAUAGGGAGUGUGAGGCCAAGAAUAAGGAGAAAGAAGACAUGAUGGCCAUGUUGAACAAGAUGAAAGACAAACUGGAGCGAGAGAGCAACGACCACACGCAGGCUAAACUACAAGUGGCAGAACUGUCUGCUCGGCUUCAGCAGCUCAGCGCCACCUCCAGCGUUCCGGGAGGACCUCCUGUGACCUCUGGUGGUUUACUUCCUCCUGGUCCUGUCACAUCCAUCGGCCCUGCUCCUCCUCCUCCCCCUCCUCCUCCGCCCCCACCUCCUCCAGGAGGACCACCAGCUUUUGGCAUGGCUCCACCCCCCCCACCUCCCCCUCCAGGAGCUCCUCUAGUAUCCCAGAAGAAGAAUAUCCCUCGGCCAUCCAACCCGCUGAAGUCUUUCAACUGGAGCAAACUUCCUGAGAACAAGAUCGAAGGAACCAUUUGGAAAGAUAUCGAUGAUGUCAAGGUGUUUAAAGUUCUGGAUCUAGAGGAGUUCCAGAAGACUUUCUCAGCUUACCAGAAGCCACAAAAGAGCACUGAGGACGACAACCUUUUUGCCAAGAAAGCCAAAGAGCUGUCAGUGAUCGAUGGACGACGAGCACAGAACUGUAACAUUCUGCUCUCACGGCUGAAGCUGACCAAUGAGGAGAUCCGUCAUGCCAUCCUGACUAUGGACGAACAGGAAGACUUACCUAAAGACAUGCUGGAGCAGCUUAUGAAGUUUGUUCCUGAGAAGAGUGACGUCGAGCUGUUAGAAGAACACAAACACGAGCUGGAUCGCAUGGCCAAACCUGAUCGCUUUCUGUAUGACAUGAGCAGCAUCAACCACUACCAACAGAGACUUCAGUCUCUCUAUUUCAAGAAGAAGUUUGCAGAAAGAGUGGCUGACGUCAAACCUAAAAUCAAAGCUCUGAGUCUUGCGUCCAGGGAGGUGGUGCAGAGCAGGAUGCUGCGACAGCUCCUGGAGGUGGUUCUGGCCUUUGGGAACUACAUGAACAAAGGACAGCGAGGAAAUGCUUUUGGAUUUAAAGUGUCCAGCCUCAACAAGAUAGCUGAUACCAAGUCCAGCAUUGACAAAAACGUCACUCUGCUCCACUACAUGAUCACCGUACUGGAAAAGAAGUACCCUAAGGUGGCAGCUUUCAGUGAAGAGCUACCAAAUGUGUCAGAGGCUGCUAAAGUCAAUAUGACAGAGUUGGAGAAGGACGUUGGCAGUCUGAGAUCUGAACUAAGGAGUGUUGAGGCGGAGCUGAAGUACCAGCAGGCUCAGUCCCCUCAGGGUCCCAACGAUAAGUUUGUAUCCAUGGUCAGUCAGUUCAUCACUGUGGCCUCCUUCAGCUUCUCUGAAGUAGAAGAGUCACUCACUGAGGCCAAAGAAGUGUUUGCAAAGGCACUGAGGCACUUUGGAGAAGAUCUGUCCAAACUGCAGCCGGACAUGUUCUUCGGGAUCUUCGACACUUUCAUCACUUCUUUCUCCGAGGCCAAACAGGACAACGAGAACAUGGCCAGACGCAAGGAGGAAGAGGAGAGGCGGGCACUCGCGGAGGCGCAGCUGAAAAAAGAGAGGGAGCAGAAGAGGAAAGCAAACGAAGCAGAAGAGGGUGGUGAGUUUGAUGACCUGGUGUCUGCUCUGCGCUCCGGAGAGGUGUUCGAUACGGAUCUGUUCAAAAUGAACCGCAGAAAACAGCGGAAACAUAACUCCUUCGAGAUCAGCCGGGAGAGACCAGUAACAAAGCUCAACCAGUAACAGAGCAGGACUUCAUGGACAACGCUGACACAGGGGACUUCCAUAUUCCAGAUACACAUAUAUGGUAUGCAGAGACCAAGGCUGGCCAGACUGUUGGUUGCUCAUACACAUUUAAUCCACACGACACUUGAGUCUUCUUCUGUGUAGUUUCAGGACAUUUAGACGGCUGGAGUCUCCGCUUGGUCACUGUGACUCAAGGACACACACAGCACUAGACUAUUUCUUGGAGUUCCAGCCCAGCUAGUCAUUCUUACAUAUGAGAAUUAUGUUAAUAUUCUAAUGCCACAGUCUCACAGGAAGUCAGUCAGUGUGUUUAACAAACAAAAUGCAGGUGGCCACAAACUUUUCUGUAUAAAUUCAACUUGCACUGAGUAUUUAAAAUACCUGUCUACUGUUGCGUGCAUGUCUGUGUGUGUGUCUGCGUGUUAUAAGCGUAGCUGUAACCACAUACCAUAUUUUUGAGUCUAGAACAUGGAGAUAGAUGAUUGACAACUGUAUUUGUGUUCAAAUGUACCUGCACAGGAUAUUUUUAAUAUAUAAUUGACCGUGAGUGGUAUGGAUUCAUAUGAAAAGUGUCUUGUUUAGAAUGUGUCUGAACCAUUAUUA